UUUCCGACGGGUUGUAUUGUAUCCAAUGACCAAAGAAUUGUAUUUCUUUAUUUAAAAAAGUAAAAAAACAAAAUUAUUCUGUAGGUUAUAUUCAGUUGUAAUAGUAUUGCCUGUGGUUGAUGUAAUUGAAAAUUUUACAAGGUCUUACGAUAGUACGAUAGUGCGAUAAUAGUCUACGAUAGUAAAAUAAAACAGCAUUACGUCACUAAAAAUAUUUUUUUUGAAUAAAGCAAAGAGUAUUUUAAUGUAACAGAUUUAGUAAAAUCUUACCGAUGAAAAUUGCGGUAGUACUUGUGAUGCACAUCUUACUUGAUUUAGAACUUUAAAGUUUUUUAUAUAAGUUACAAAUAGUGUUAGUGAAUUUAUCAUUACGCAAAAUAAAUUUUGUAGGACAAGCGUAAAGUGUACAAUCGUCGUUCGGCAAUAUUACGUUGUUUAUUGAUUAAUUACAAAUAGUACAUAUUAUAUAAUCACUACGUUUUAAUUAUUUGAUUACAAAUGUGUGAUAUAUAAUUCUCGAUAAAUUACUUUUAUUGUGUUAUAUGCUGAUAAGUGAUAAUCCUUUUUUAUUAAGAUUUUGGCUUGGAUGUUUGUCUUUUAAGCUAUGUCUUAAUUUAUCUCAAUACCAAGUGAUUAUAAUUCUUUAUAGUACAAUACACUGCUUCAAAAUAUAUUGAUGCGUCACAUUGCGCAGUUUUCGGGAAAUUUCGACGGCAACUUGAGCCAGCAGACAGUUGGCAAUAUAAUACCAGUGCGCCUAAGCAGACCGACACAUUAUCUUGAGAUUCACAUCACCAUCGGAGCAUUUGUUUCACCGUUUCCACUAAUAGUUCACAUGCACAGAUACUUUAUACGCAAAAUUGAACUACUUUUACAUAUAAAAAUCCACUUCAAACCAUGAUUUUAUACAAUAAUACAAGAACAGCAAUCCACCGCCGGUCAAGUUCCCGCCAAAAUCUCAGAUAAUACCACAAAGUAAUAAGAUGACACGUUAUAAGUGAUGGAAUAAAAUAAAUAAUUAAAAAAAAUCAAAAAACCGACUGCAAAAAAGACAAUUUAAAAGUAAUGCACUAAAACUUUGAAAUAAAGUAUUAACAAAGUAAACUCUACUUCGGUUUAACAGAAGUUUAGUAGCAAUCGGAACCCAUUAAUAUUCUUUCGGUUUAUAAUUUGCAAUUGGGUCCCGCCUGCUGCUAAGCUUAAUUUGGGUAUUUAACUAUUUGUAGAUUUAGAGAUAAUAAAUUAUUUUGACAUGAUAAAAAACCUAUAAAAACAACCAAUUAAAAAAGUCAUACUUACUUAACCGUUUCCUAAGAAGUCACAAAACGGUAGUUUCGUAAGUGUAAUUGUACAAAAAUAAACUUUUUUUAACAAUCAAUAACUUGUCAAUUGUUAAAAAUCUAAAUUACUUAUAUUCAAAUGUCUUAUAGUAGGUAAUUAAGUGUAAAAAAAGUAUCGAUAAACGAUAAUUGCACCUUGUGCCCGCCCUAUUUAUUACUUUUGUUAUUUUUGCCAGUUUGGAAUUUGGAAGUUUCGCUUUCAGUUCACUGCGAAUUUUCCGGGAUAAUGUGUGUGCGUUUUGCUGCUUGCGCCCAUUGCUUCAAGUGAUUUAUUUUUCGUAAGAUAAAUACAAUUAGACAAACAAUUUUUUUUUUUUUACGGUGAAAUAGACACUUAUUAGCUAAUUGGCUUUGUGUGUGUAAGUAGUGUUUUUAAGUACGUUUGUUUUAAUUAUUUUUUCACUUUGAUAUUGACACUAUUUGACUUUUGUGUGUACGCGUGUAUUGGCGCAAAAUGCAUUUUUACAGUGCAGCAGAGUAUACAGACAUGGUUUUAUUGUAUGGCGAAUACUGCCAAAAUUCAGCGUUAACUCCGCGUACUUAUCGUGAGAGAUGUGGCGCAACUCGCGUCUGCCCUAUUAGCCUCCGGACAAUCAAAGGUGCUGUCCAAAGAAUCAGGGAAAAUCAGCGCAUAGUGCCCAACACUGAUGAAGGAGUUGCUCCACGUCACCAUCCACCCUCGUUCGAACAACGAGUCCUAGACCAUUUCGAUCGGAAUCCAAUCUGCAGCCUAGACAACCUAAACAGUUUAGUGAGUAAGUUUUUAUUUUGUUGUACAUUGUCAAACGAAUCAAAGGCCGUGCCGACAAUAACGCUGCCGGCCGCUAACCGCCAUGCAGCCCGCGUGCAACGUUGCCACUCUUCCAAGGGGUCAAGGUACGUAGUCUAAACAGAGUGUUUACUUUUAUUGAAUUUAUUUUAAUAUUUAUUUUGUUUGAAAAUUUCGCUUUUUAAUUUACGAUUUUUAAUUUAAUUUCACUACACUUCUAAAGGACUAGUAUUACUUGUGGUUUCAUUUAUUGCGUAUAUGUGUAUUCCUUACUGUAUACUUGAGCAACUCUGGUUUGAUCUCUACAUUCACCACGGAAAUGAGUGAAUGAAUGUUAAUUCCAAUUUUAUGUCCUUUGUAUUUAUCAUGCAUUCGGAAACAUUGUGAGGAAAUCUGCGUGUCUAAGGAAUACAAAUAUUUUAAAGAUUGUUUAAUUUCUCAGAGGAAAUUGAACAAUAUGAAACAAUUGUUUAUUUUCCUCUGAGAAAUGAAAUACAAGUAUGUGCCUAGCAGUAAAACAUGUACAAGCUACAAUAUAUAAUAAGCUGUGUUACAUUUAACUUAUUUUUAUAUUUUUUACUUUACAGGUGAAGAAUUGUGUCCCGGUUUUAAAUAAAACUAUGGCAGCAGCUUUAUUAUAGACUUCUGAAUUCACUAACUGCCGUGAUGGCAGACAACUUAGCGAAAUGAUUUAUUUGAUAGUGUAAAUGGCGAUACUCUUUACUACAAGAAAUGUGGUGGAAAACCUUUAUAAGGAAGGCUGUUAUUGAAAAUUCAGUGCAUCACAACUUAUGGAAGGAAGAAAAAAAAUUUGAAAAAAUCAAGUUUAUUGACAAGGGCAAAGCGAAGUCCGUGCCUACACUAAAAAAAUUGUCUAACAACAAUUAAAAAUUACGAAAGGGUAUCGCAAGUGUUACACAAAAAAAAAUUUAAAAAUCAUGCGGCCUUGAUAUUUCAAUUCGGAUCCCAUUGAAAACAUUUUUAGGCAAGUGAGGUCGUAUAAUUUUCGUAACAAUUGUCCAACCUGCCACAUUUUCAUCUCUACUUUUAAAUCUUUAUUAAUAACAGUCAUCAUUAAAUUUCAUUCAGUAACCUAUAAUUGCAAAGAUGAUACUUCCUAUUAGUUGAUAAAAGUGCAGUCUUUAUUUAGAAAGCGAUCUGAAGAAAUAAAAAGUAAUACAUCAAAUAUCAAACAGGAUAUUGUAUCUAUUGAAGAGAACCUUUCCACUGCAAAUAUUCAACUGCAGGCAGCAAGAGAGCGAUUAAAAAUUUCAACAGCAUAUACCACUGGAAGGGUUAAGCAAGGAUGUGAGACCAGUUUAUGUACUAAAAUAGAUGGUGAUGUACAUAAAUAGAGCACAUAAAUAGAACAUAAAGCAAUUAAGUGAAGAAAGCUGACCUAUCCCUCGGAAUAUUCUAGGAGGCAUUUUAGUUCUAUAAUAAAAUAAACAAAUAGAUGCUUGGAAUCAUCUUGUAAUUAUUGUAAUAAAGCUCAUAUACGUUUUUAGAACACUUCGUCAAAUUGCUGACUUCAAAAUUAUACGCAGCGUCUAUUUUGCUCUUUGUCAAUCUAUAUUCUCAUAUUGUAUUUCUGUAUGGGGAGGUGCAGCUAAAUCCUAUUUAAGAUCUCUGGAAGUGGCCCAAAGAGCCAUCUUAAAGGUUGCAAAGUUUCACCAUUUCCUUUAUCCGACUAGGGACUUAUAUAAGGAAUGGAAUGUACUAACAGUUCGUCAACUCUUUAUACUGUGCAUUGUCUUAAAACAACAUUCUAAAACUUCGUACGACCCUUCGACACAACGCUUAAGGAGAAAAGAUAUUGUCUGUGUCCACCAAAGAUUUAGAACAGCAUUUGCAAAGAGGUUUUUUUGUUUUAUUGGUCCGUUACUAUAUAAUAAGUUAAACCGUAUACUAGCUACGCUAUAAUAUACUCUUUAACAAGAGCAAAUUAUAAAUAUACUUUAAAAACAUGGUUACUGACGAAAGACUAUGAUGAAAGUGAGGCACUUAUCAAAACAAUGUGAUCCACUUGAACAUGCUCUCACACCCACACCAUCGUGUACACACACACACACACACACACACACACACACACACACACACAUACACACACAUUUUUGCUUAUUUAUUUCUUUUUAAAUAUAUUAUAUUUCCUUUUAAAUACAUUCUUCAUCAGAAUAUACAUUACACGUGAGUUAUAGUCCGGUGGCGGAGGCCUGGUGGCUGUAGCACAGGGAAUCCUAGUAUCGUCAACAGUCUCUACAACUAGCAUUUGUAAGUUACUUAAUAUUUAAAUGUAAUGAUAUUUUGUAAAUGUUAUUUUGUGGAGAGAAAUAAAGUUUAUUAUUAUUAUUAUUAUUGUGCACACCACGAAAAUGUAACGCAAGAAAUUAAAAAAGUAUAAAAACUAAGUAUCUAUUUGAAUUCAUUAAUUGUAAGAGCACAAAGACUUAAAUAUUUUCUAAUGCUUUCUAUUAAACUGUGUAUUUUCAACUUGUGCAACAUAGUUAAUAGGAUUCUAAAAGGCACGGACAUCGUUAGAAUCGAAAAGCGUACAUUACUACCAAUACAAAGAAAAGCAUUAAACAAGUAUAUAAUAUACACAAUGCAUUUUAUUUCUACUAAUUCUCCUUCAUCAUAAAGUAAUAAUUUUUUUUAAUUAAAUGGCAAGGGUACUAUAUUAAUUUUGGCUGAAAUAAAAUUAUUCCUUUGCCUAUAUCCAAUUUAUAUUUAC